AUGACGUAUGCAGACUCGACAUCCACUAUAGGCGUUUUGGCAAAAGAAACAGUUACCUUGACAUCCAGGACAGGUGAGGUUGUAACCCUCGAAGAUAUUGUCUUUGGGUGUGGGCAUUUGACCUAUGAACAUGUUUCAACUGGAAAUGAAAUGGGAAUAAUUGGGCUUGGACGUGGGCCUUUGUCAUUUGUUUCUCAAAUUGCUCCACAUGUUGGAGGGAACAAAUUUUCUUAUUGCUUGGUGCCUACGCAUAGUGAUCCCAAGUUUGAAAGCAAGAUCCAUUUCGGGAAUGGGAGUGAAGUUUUGGGUGAAGGGGUUGUCUCAACACCAUUGCCUGAUGACAAGUAUGGCUAUACGGUGGUGGUAGAGGGAAUUUCCAUUGGUAAUGAAUUUGUUUCGUUCAACUCAACAGUGAAACCGCUCAAAAAGUUUAAGAUGGUUGUCGACUCGGGCGCAAGUAUUGGACAUCUACCUCGAGAUAUUUGGGACCGGGUGAUAACUCAGCUGAAUAAGACGCUUGAUCCAGAAUUGGAGCCAUCCAUUGUAUACGAUGCCACGCAAGACAAAACACAUUAUUUAAGCUUUAACUCGAUGACAAUUCCAGACGAACCAAAAGUGGCAUUUCAUUUCAUGGGUGGUGGCAAACUGGAGUUAAUGGCUGAACAAAUUUUCAUCAAAUCUCCACAGGAUGAGAAAAAAGUCUUCUUUGGAAUCGGCUCUAUGGAUAUUUUUUCUGAAGUGAAUUUUGGUGUUUUUGGAGCCAAUCUGCAGGGAAAUUUGUUGAUUGGUUAUGACCUCGAUAGAAAUGUGGCAUCCUUCAAGCCAACUAAUUGCCUCAUUGCCUGA